AUGCAGAAUACGGAAGAUGGCAGUGACGGCAACCGGCGGGUUUGCUCAGCUUGGUUUAGACCUCAGGGAAUGAUAACCUCUAAGAUGAUGAUGGAAAGUCGCACCUUGUUAAGAGAGACGCCUGGGCUAGUCUUCCUCUUAAAUGCAAUAUUCGAGCUCCCGGAACUAUGGCCUGUCAUUGUCGAAGCUAUGCCACAAUUAUGCAAACUUCCUGCCCAGGAGAAAUUGACAGAGCUCUGCCGGUUCUUCAAGGGAGGCCAGCUCACCGUUUUAACAGAGCCCAUCAGCAACCUCCUCCAAAGCCCAUUAAGCGUUAUUAUUCAGAUUGUUGGUUAUCUCAGGAAGUUCAAUCACGGGUUCGGCAAUACAUCUCAUUUAGUGGAUGUUCAAGGUUUCGGUCUUGGUUUCUUGACAGCCAUUGUGAUUUCCUGCUCAAAGAGUGAGGCAGACUUUCGAGAGCUCGCUCCCAAAGCUGUGAGACUCGCCUUGUGCAUGGGAGCAAUAGUUGAUGCGGAUGCCCUCGAAAACGGUCAUGGCCCCGUAUCCGCCAUUCCAUUUAGACAGGGUUCUGCAACACAGCCUCAGGAUCUAAAGGAUAUACUAGAUAUAUACCCCAAGGCGUACAUCUCUUGCAUCAGUUAUGCAGGAGGAGUGACCAUCACCGCGCCAGAAACCGAUCUAGCGUCGCUUAUAGUAGAUCUGGCGAAACAUGAUAUCAAAGCAGAUGACUCGUCUGACUUCAUGGCACGAGUUUGCCAUUUUGGCCCCAGGGUACAACGUUUGACACAAAAUGCGUCAUCCAUCUCGCUUCCACUACGGGGAAGAUGGCAUCACCGAGAUAAUCUUAAUGGAGCCCAAGCCAUCUCGGCUCUCUGUGAGCGGGAUAACCGUUUUCGACUCCCAAGCGCCGAUGCCGUGAAGGCCUUCCUCUUAUCCAACAUCUCAGGGACAACCAUAACGGAGGGCGCGCUACAUAACAUUGCAUUACGCUCGAUCCUGACUGAUCCAUCAAGAUGGGAUCUGAUGGUAAAACCUUUACUAAAUUUGGCGACAAUGCUGAACAUCAAGCUUGUAGCCAUCAUCGUUGGAGAAACGGCUGAUACCAAUGAACCUGUGAGCUUUGGAGUACAAGGAGCAACAGUGAAUCCCAAAGAAGAAGAUUAUGAAACAUUUGAUGGAGAUUUUCAGGUUUCUUCAUUCACCGAGCCGGUCCCGAAGGGUUUGGAUUUCAAAGAUGCGGACGUUAUACCUGAAUCUGCAAUUGCAGUGAUUGGCAUGGCCUGCAGAUAUCCCGACGCCGAUUCUAUUGAUGAAUUCUGGGAUCUGAUUAGGGAUGGAAAAUGUGCUGUCAGACAAAUGCCUAAAAACAGAUUCGAUCCAUCUGAACUCGUUCGUGAACCAAAAGGCCCGUUCUGGGGAGGUUACAUCCGCCAGUUAGAUUUAUUUGAUCACCGUUUCUUUGGUAUUUCUGGACGAGAAGCAAAGUCCAUGGACCCUCAGCAAAGACUGUGCCUUGAGGUCGCCUAUGAAGCUAUGGAGUCUGCUGGGUAUUACGGCCUUCAUGCCGAUGGCUUCGACACAGAAAUUGGAUGUUAUAUUGGUUCAGCUAACGAUGAUUACUUGGAUAACGUGUGCUCACAUCCUGUGAACGCCUUCUCCCUCACUGGAACCUUGAGAUCGUUCAUUAGCGGUCGUGUCAGCCAUUGCCUUGGUUUGACAGGGCCAUCAAUGGUAAUAGACACAGCAUGCUCUGCUUCCAUGGUCGCAAUACAUGCCGCAUGCCAGGCCCUUCAAACGAAGGAUUGCUCUGUUGCCGUGGCGGGAGGGGCUAAUUCCAUGACCAGUUCCAGAAUGACACAAAAUCUGAUUGGUGCCGGUUUCCUCAGCCCUACGGGAGCAUCUAAAGCGUUUGACGAAGAUGCUAAUGGAUAUUGCCGUGCUGAGGGAAUAGGCAUUGUUGUGUUGAAAUCGCUCAGGGAUGCAGUGCGGAACGGCGACUUUGUGCUUGGUGUUAUCACUGGGUCUGCCGUGAACCAGGGAAGAAAUGACUCCGCUAUAAUUGUUCCCGAUGGGCCAUCUCAAUGCUCUCUUUAUCAGAGGGCCUUGGCCAGAUCCGGAGUAGCUGCCAAAGAUGUGACUUAUGUGGAAGCACAUGGCACUGGCACGCAAGUCGGUGACCCAAUUGAAUUCAAGAGCAUCCGAAAGACCUUUGGAGGACUUAACCGAAAUGAUAAUGUCUAUGUUGGCUCUGUCAAGGAUAAUAUUGGUCAUACUGAGGCAUCCUCCGGGGUAGCCUCACUGAUAAAAACAGUUCUAAUGUUUCAACACCAGAUGAUACCUAAGUUGGCCAAUUUUAAGAGUCUUAAUCCAAAGAUUGAACCUCUGGGUAAAGACCAUGUUCUGAUACCAACGGAAUCUCUAGAGUGGAAGAUCGCUAAACGCAUAGCUCUAGUUAAUAACUAUGGCGCUGGAGGGAAUAAUGCUGCUUUGGUUGUUGAGGAGCGAGCAAUCACUCCCAAAAUGUAUACUCAGAUAACCAAUUUCCCUAUAUUUAUCUCUGGGAAGACGGCAGAAGCAGUGCGCUGCUACUGUGACAUUCUCAAAGCAUCUCUCGGUGGGAAACGCCUAGCCGAUGUCGCAUAUAACCUAGCGAUAAAGCAAAAUAGGGACUUUGAGAAUAUGCUGAUCUUUGGUAGUGCCAACAUUGAGGAUCUUUCCCAGCAGCUUGAAAACGCUGCAUCUGGCGCUAUUGAACUACAAAAACUCCCACGUCGAAAAUCAUCUGUCGUUGUCUGCUUUGGUGGACAGAAUGGCAGAAGAGCACAUAUUUCAAAAGAGCUGUAUGAUAAUAGCGCUCUUCUACAGUGCCAUUUGGAUGAGUGCGAGUCAGUUCUAGUGGAACAACUGUCUCUCCCUAGCCUAUUCCCAGAAAUAUUUGAUGCCACCCCCAUCGAUGAUAUUAUCAAGCUCCAUUGCACCCUCUUCGCAGUUCAAUAUGCAUGUGCCAUGUCAUGGCUAAGUUCAGGCUUAAAAGUUGAUAAACUCAUUGGUCAUAGCUUUGGCCAACUAACUGCUCUCUGUGUGGCUGGUUCGCUCUCUCUAGUUGAUGCAUUCAGGCUCGUGUCCACCCGUGCUAGGCUUGUUGAGGAACGCUGCGGUCCUGAAAACGGAAUUAUGCUAGCAGUUAAGGGCGAUGAACUAGAUGUAGAUCAACUUCUUCUCCUCGCUCGGCAGCAAACUAAGGACCUUGUAGCAGAUAUUGCAUGCUAUAAUGGGCCUCGCAGCUUUGUUAUUGCUGGUGACGAAGCAUCCAUCGAGGCUAUUGAAAGUACCGCUGCAAGCCUUUCAGCCGGUUUCCAAUUUAAACGUUUGGAAAAUAGCCAUGCAUUUCAUUCCCAGCUACUUGAUGCGAUCAUCCCUAUCUUUCUUCAAGAUAUGGGCAACCUUCAUUUUGAAGCGCCCAAAAUUCCUAUUGAGGCAUGCUCUAAUGAAGAUGACUGGUCUAGUAUAACUGCGGAGAAGGUUACCCGGCACACUCGCAUGCCUGUUUAUUUUAUGAACGCCGUCAGGAGAGUCGAAACGCAGUUUGAUGGUCCCAUAAUAUGGCUAGAAGCAGGGUCAGGGUCACCAAUUAUACCCAUGGUUAAAAAGUGUGUUAAUUCAAUGCAUCAACAUACAUAUAUCCCUACAGCUCUCCAAAGUUUAGAUGCCUUUGCCAACCUCACAAAAGCCAUCUGUCAGCUAUGGUCUAACGACAUGAGAGUACAAUUCUGGCCAUUCCACCGUUCCCAGCACACUUCAUUCAACUGGAUAAACCUCCCUCCUUAUCAGUUUGCAAAGACAAGCCACUGGGUGGACUAUAAACCUAGAGCGUCGCUUGUCGAAAUUUCUACUACAACCUCUACACCUAUGGCUUCAAACCCAGACUUGGUUACGCUGCUCUCACAUAAUCCUAGUCAAGGUGAAGCUCUUUUCGAAAUCAAUCCCAGUCAUGACCUCUAUCAAAGCAAUACAAGGGGCCACAUAUUUGUCGACCAAACUCUUGUCCCGGCCUCAAUGUAUACUGAGUUCGUUCUCAUUGCAUCUCUCAUGAUAUCGAAUGCUGAAACUGGUUACAUGCCGCAAAUAUCAAAAUUGGCCAUGAUCUCGCCUCUGAUAGCCAAUCCGACCGGAAAAGUUCUUCUAAAACUCGUGAGGAGAGAAUUAAAAUUGGGGUCUUGGGACUUUGAUAUCUUUUCUAAGAUCGACGACUACAAUUCGCUUACCCAUAGUACGGGCUACGUUACAAUUUCCAACCCGGACAUCCCAGUGUCCAUUAAUCAUUUACAGGCUCUCCAAAGCCUCAUGCUUCGCCGAUGUGAAGAAAUUGAAAGCUCUCCUACAUCAAUUGGCUUUAAAGGCCCUACUGCCUAUCAAGCCAUGCGUCGGGUAGUGACUUACCUUGAUUACUAUCAUGGUAUCCAAAGCAUAUAUAGUCAAGGAAAUGAGGCAGCUGCCAGAGUAGCUCUACCCUUUACACGGCCAAGAGGAAUGGGAACUAGUUUCUGUGACCCAGUGCUGAUAGACAGCUUCUCUCAAGUCUCAGGCAUACUUGCAAAUUGCUUUUCUCUUCCCGACGAUGGUGAGAUGUGGGUGUGCAAUUAUAUUGAAGACAUGGUGUUCACUCAGAGAUUCAUUGCAAGUGCUAGAGAAGAGAAUAAAACUUGGAUUGCUUAUUCCAAAUUUAAUAUACCCUCCCCUAAAAGGUUGAAGUGCAACAUUUUUAUAAUUGAGCCAGAUACAGGGGAUCUUGUUCUCACUAUUAUGUCAAUUGAAUUUCAAAGGGUUUCAACCAAGUCUUUGAGAAAGGUUCUUGGAAAGUUGAACAAUCAACCGGCCUCCAUGCAGAAUGGAUCUAACCAGAAAGUCACCGUCAAAAAGGCUCCUAUUCAGCUUGAUUCUACAGAAUAUAGCUCCGACCAAGCAGACAAAAAGCAAAUCUCUACCCCUAUUCUUCCUACAGCUGUACCUUCGCCGGUUCCUCAACUUCUACAUGGGGCAUCUGAAAAGCCUCAACACUCUCUAGGACCCUUAUACGACGUUAAAGAUAUGCUGAAGGAUAUUCUAGAGAUUCCAGUUGAAGAGAUUAAAACCGAUUCAACUCUUGAAGAUCUUGGUGUGGAUUCGUUACUUGCUACAGAGCUGUUUUCAGAGAUCAACAAGCGUUUUGGAUUGUCAAUAUUGCAGUCAGAUUUCGCAACAGUUACCGAUGUCUGGGGGCUCUCCAAACUUCUUCCAGGAGAGAAUGAAUCGUUAGUCAAUAAUUCUACCUUGACUCCAGUUUCUACCCCGAGAUCCAACCCCUCACCUGACGGAACUCUGCACCAUCCAGUGAAAGCUACCCGAAAACACCAGCUUGUGGAUAAAAUAAAAGACAUGUUGGCUGACGUUCUAGAAAUCCCCAUUGAAGAAAUUGAGCCAGGUUCAAUACUUGAAGAUCUCGGGAUAGAUUCCCUUUUAGCCACCGAGCUUUUUUCAGAGAUGAACAAGAGAUUUGGAGUAUCCAUCUCCCAUGCGGAGUUCGCCGCCAUCGCCGACGUUCAAGGGCUUGCUCAACUCCUUACGGGCUCUAGAACGCCUCCUUCGUCUUCAAAAAUCAAUUGUUAUCCUACCCAAGUUGAUAUAGAAACAGUUGUAUUCGCUGAACGAGAUGGAAUUGCUCUGUCAGCGGAUAUCUACUAUCCGACGGACCCUAUCAAGAGUCAUAUGCCCCUGCCAAUCGCCCUUAUGAUACACGGCGGCGGACACGUCAUAUAUACUCGAAAAGAUAUUCGCGAUGAUCAGACUGAGAUCCUUCUAAAAGCCGGCUUUCUGCCCGUGAGCAUUGAUUAUAGGCUGUGCCCUGAAACUACGAUCCGUGAAGGAGCUAUGCAGGAUGUCCGUGAUGCACUCUACUGGUCACGAAAGACUCUGCCUUUUCUACCCCUCCGUCGAGGAGACAUCCGGCCAGAUGGAGAUAGGGUGGUGGCUAUCGGAUGGUCAUCUGGUGGGCAUCUUGCCAUGUCACUAGGAUGGACUUCACCUUCACUGGGGAUCAAGCCUCCAGAUGCAGUUCUAGCAUUCUAUAGCCCAACCGAUUAUGAAGAUCCUUUCUGGUCAUCUCCAAAUUUACCGUUUGGCCAAAAGUCUACUCCACCACCCGAAGAUGGCUACAGCUUUCUGUAUAAUGGGCUCCACGAUAGCCCUGUCGUUGGAUACACACCACGAGUUUCCAGGCGUGCCUUGGGUGGCUGGAUGUCACUCGAUGACCCUCGUUGUAGGAUCAUUCUCCAUAUGAACUGGGAGGGCAAAAGCCUACCCGUGCUCAUUAACGGGCUUAAACGCACUAGUAUAAAAUCCGUGACAAACCCUCCAUUCCCAUCUACAGAACAGAUUCAAGCAAUCAGCCCACUAGCACAGAUUCGGGCAGGCAACUAUAAAACACCUACCUUUUUUAUACACGGAACCCGUGAUGACUUAGUUCCAUGUAGGUCAUCUCAAAAAUGUUAUGAAGCUCUUCAAGAAGUGGGCGUGCCAGCUGGGCUGGUAGUUAUAGAGGAUGCCUUGCACUUAUUUGAUCUAUAUCCAUCAAGCAAGAAGGAUCCGGUUGCCAUGAAAGGGGUAAAGGAUGGUUACAGUUUUCUAAGCGAGUGCAUAUAG